AUCUGUGUAUAAAAAAAAGAACCCUACGGCUCCAGUCUCACAAAUUUCUCCAUAUUUAUAAAUCCUUCCUUAAGGGAAAUUUUCUAUAAAACUCAUAAAAAAAAUUCUUUGAAUUCAAAGAGAAACUCGAGCUAGGGUUUCCAAAAUCCCUUUCUCUACUAAAGCUGUCACUCCCAUAAAUCCGAUCGCUAUAAUCGUGAAGAUCCUUACUUCUGGUAAGCUUUCAAGCGAAACCCACUAAAAGUUUCGCCUUUUUCUUCUUCUUCUUCGCAUCAAAAUCUGAUACGGGAAGAGAACGAACGGUGAAGGAGAAGCUAGCUGACGAUACUAAUUUAAGGCAUUGUUGACUUGUAUGCUAUAACCAGGGCUGGCUUUUGAAUCUCGGUUCUAGGGUUGUUGUAGUGGGGUUAACUAUGGAUGACCUUGAACAGGCAAUAGUAAUUAGCUUUGAAACUGGUGCUGUUGAUUCGGCGUUAAAGUCUCAAGCGGUUACUUUUUGUCAGCAAAUCAAAGAGACUACAUCUAUUUGUAGUAUAUGUAUUGAGAAGUUAUGGUUUUCUAAGCUUGUCCAAGUUCAGUUCUGGUGUUUGCAAACGCUGCAGGAUGUUUUAAGGGUUAGAUACGGAUCUAUGAGCGUGGAUGAGCAGAGUUAUGUGAGGAAAUCAGUGUUUUCAAUGGCUUGUUUGGAGGUUAUUGAUAAUGAGAAUGCUGUUAGAGUUGUCGAAGGACCUCCAUUUGUUAAAAACAAGCUUGCGCAGGUUUUGGUUACUUUGAUCUAUUUUGACUACCCUUUGAUUUGGUCCUCGGUGUUUGUUGAUUUUAUGCCUCAUUUGAGCAAAGGGGCUGUUGUGAUCGACAUGUUUUGUCGGGUUUUGAAUGCGUUGGAUGAUGAGUUGAUUAGCUUGGAUUACCCCCGGACUUCUGAAGAGAUAUCUGUGGCUGCUCGAGUCAAGGAUGCUAUGAGGCAACAAUGUGUCCCUCAGAUUGCUAGAGCAUGGUAUGACAUUGUAUCGUUGUACAGGAAUUCCGAUCCUGAUCUUUCUGCUACUGUGUUAGAUUGCAUGAGAAGAUUCGUCUCUUGGAUUGACAUUGGUUUGGUUGCCAAUGAUGCAUUUGUUCCACUGCUGUUUGAAUUGAUUUUGUCUGAUGGAUUGUCUGAUCAUUUUCGCGGUGCAGCAGCUGGGUGUAUUUUAGCCAUGGUUUCUAAGCGGAUGGAUCCCCAGUCAAAACUGCCCCUUCUGCAGACCCUUCAAAUAAGUCGUGUUUUUGGUUUAGUAUCCGGAGAUGUUGAUUCUGAAUUGGUAUCAAAAGUAUCUGCUUUGCUUACUGGCUAUGCUGUUGAGGUUCUAGAAUGCCAUAAGCGGUUGAACUCAGAGGACACCAAGGCAGUCUCCAUGGAUUUGCUGAACGAAGUUCUGCCAUCAGUUUUUUAUGUCAUGCGGAAUUGUGAGGUGGAUUCUACUUUUAGCAUCGUCCAGUUUCUCCUGGGUUACGUUUCCACUCUCAAAGGCCUCCCUGCAUUAAAGGAGAAGCAGCUACUCCACAUUACACAGAUUCUCGAAGUGAUAAGAAUUCAGAUUUGCUAUGAUCCUAUGUAUCGUAAUAACCUUAAUUUACUGGAUAAAAUUGGAUUGGAGGAGGAAGAUAGAAUGUCCGAGUUUAGAAAAGAUCUCUUCGUCUUGUUACGUACAGUGGGCCGUGUUGCUCCUGAAGUUACUCAGCAUUUUAUUCGUAACGCACUAGCAAAUGCUGGAUCCUCAUCCGAGAGCAAUGUUGAAGAAGUGGAAGCUGCGCUCUCGCUUUUGUAUUCAUUUGGAGAGUCUAUGACCGAGGAGGCCAUGAAAGCAGGAUCUGGGUGUUUGAGUGAACUAAUUCCGAUGCUCUGGACCACACAGUUCCCUGGACAGUCUUAUAGACUUGUUGCACUAGUUUACUUAGAAAACAUAACAAGGUACAUGAAGUUUAUUCAGGAAAAUUCCCAGUACAUUCCCAAUGUUCUUGGUGCUUUCCUUGAUGAAAGGGGUUUGCAUCACCAGAAUGUUCAUGUGAGCCGUAGAGCAGGUUACUUGUUCAUGAGAGUCGUGAAAUUGUUAAAAUCAAAGCUUGUACCAUUCAUUGACAAGAUCCUGCAGAACCUUCAAGAUACGUUGUCCCAGUUGACGACUUUGAACUUUGCAUCAAGAGAACUUUCUGGAACUGAAGAUGGCAGUCACAUUUUUGAGGCUAUUGGCAUAAUCAUAGGGUUGGAGGAUGUCCCGGCUGAAAAGCAGUCAGAUUAUCUGUCUUUACUGCUUACCCCUCUCUGUCAACAGAUUGAGGCAGGACUUGUGCAGGCAAAAGCUGCAAGUUCCGAAGAUUUUCCUGUGAAAAUUGCAAAUAUCCAAUUUGCUAUUGUGGCAAUUAAUGCUCUCAGCAAGGGCUUCAGUGAACGUCUUGUUACAGCGAGUCGUCCUGGAAUUGGUCUCAUGUUUAAGCAGACACUGGAUGUGCUUCUAAGGGUUCUAAUUGAAUUUCCAAAGGUCGAGCCUUUGCGGAGUAAGGUCACAUCAUUCAUACACCGUAUGGUUGAUACCCUUGGUUCCGCUGUGUUCCCUUAUCUUCCCAAGGCUUUGGAACAGCUACUUGCUGACAGUGAGCCAAAGGAAAUGGUUGGUUUCCUGGUAUUACUCAAUCAGCUUAUCUGCAAGUUCAACAGCGCUCUCCGUGAUAUACUGGAAGAAGUAUAUCCCGUGGUUGCUGAUAGGAUUUUCAAAGUAAUUCCAAGAGAUGGGCUCCCCUCACGCCCUGGGGCUGUUACUGAGGAAUUGAGGGAACUGAUAGAGCUCCAAAGGAUGUUGUAUACAUUUCUUCAUGUGAUAGCCACACACGAUCUCUCUUCUGUAUUUCUUACGCCCAAAAGUACGGCGUAUCUAGAUCCUAUGAUGCAGCUGCUUUUGAAUACUUCUUGUAAUCACAAGGAUAUUACCGUACGUAAGGCCUGCGUGCAGAUAUUUAUUAAGCUAAUUAAAGAUUGGUGUGCCAAGCCAUAUAGCGAGGAGAAGGUUCCAGGUUUUCAGAAUUUCGUAAUCGAAGCGUUUGCAACAAACUGUUGUUUGUACAGUGUACUAGAUAAAUCCUUCGAUUUCAGUGAUGCAAAUACUCACGCGUUGUUCGGAGAAAUCAUCACAGCUCAGAAAGUGAUGUAUGAAAAAUUUGGUAAUGCGUUUCUCAUGCAUAUUAUGUCGAAAAGUUUUCCAUCAGCACAGAUUCCACAAGAUUUGGCGGAGCAGUAUUGCCAAAAGUUGCAGGGUAAUGAUAUCCGGGGCCUCAAGUCAUACUACCAGUCCCUUAUAGAAAAUCUCAGGCUUCAACAAAACGGGAGUCACGUUUUCAGAUAGCAUUCGAAAUACAGCUAGUUUCAUAGAAAGAAAUGUCUCUCAGGUCAAUUCCGCUGCGAGCUCUAAAGGCUUCUCCAGAUGUAUAUAGUAUUGUCAAUGUCUACUUGAGAGGCAACAAGUUGUACCACCUUACACAUAAUCAUGUUCUCCGACUCAACCAAGGCCUUGCAAGUUGUUCCAGUGCGCACACACUCUCUGAGGCAGAUCUGCUGUUAUUUCUUUUUGCGCUUUGUUGUGAGAUUGUGUCUAUAAAGCCAGCCCUUAUUUUUUUUUGUCCUAUCGCCCAAGUUUUGAUGAUGUUACAACUUUUCUGCAGUCCAUGUUUUCUGUUUCUUUGUCCAUGAAAAUACUUAGAAAACUAUGAGAGAUCAUAAAAGACAGAGACAAAACAAUUUUGGCUGAAUUAUGUUUUCCUAUUUUAUUCAUUUAAUUAAUAUGAAAUUGUAUUAUUUUAUUUUA